AGCGAUCCUCCCACCUCAGCCUCCAAAAGUGCUGGGAUUAUAGGUGUGAGCUACUGGGCCAGGCCUGAGUAGUAUUUUUGAAGUGAUCAUCAUUUUCUCGAUGUUCUGCCCUGCUACCUUUCAUAAAUCAUGUGACCUUAUAUGCUUUAGUUUGUUUCUGGGCUUUCUGUUUCUUUGACCAUUUUUCUAUCUCUAUACCAAUCAUUGUCUUAAUUUCUGUAACUUUAUAAUGCAUCUUAAUGUUUGGUAAAGCAAUUUCUGCCACCUCAUUGUUUAUAAAUUAUUUUGAUUAUUCUUGGCAAUUUGAAUUUUGUGUAAAUUUGAGUCAGCUUGUUCAGUUUUACACACAGACACAAAUUCAGAGUUUGAUUAGAAUUAAGUCUGUUGAUCAAUUUGGGUGAAAACUGAUAUUUUUAUAGUAAUGACUCUUCUAGUCUGUUUUGGUUGUCUUUUAUGCUUCUGUUAAAUUUUUAAAUAUUCUCUAUGGAGAUCUUGCACAUCAUUGUUGGUUUAUUUCUAGGUACUUUUAUUUUUUGAUACCACUGUAAAUAUAUUUCUUGAGGCUACUUUUUAAAGUAUAUUUGCAGAGAUGAUGUUGUAAAAUAUAGCUGAAAAGUCCAUUAUCAGUGAUCUUGUACCAAGUGCUAAAUCUGUUAUUUAAUUGAUCAUUAUUAUGACUAUCAGAUAUAACCUUUACCUUUUCAGUCAAGUACGCUCUAGAUACUUGGCGAUACUAGGUCACAAGGUCUGUUCCAGUCUUCAUGGCUUCUUUGUCACCCCCUUUUUUUCUCCCCCACAUGUUUUUGAUUAAUCCAUGAUUCUUUUUUCAAGUUUUCUUUUGUAAAUUCUUGAACCUUUUCCUUGUCCUAAAUCCUUGUGAAUUAUCUUCCUUCAGCUCCCUGUUCAGUAACUGCUUUGAGAUUCUUGCUUUUUAUGUGUGGUUUGUGCUUGUUUGUCUGAUUUACUAGAUUCUCUAAGUAUGGAUGGGUUGGUAACAAAAACGGAAGAGAAAGAAGUGAAAAUCAAUUCUCACAACAGUGCCCGGAUAGCAUUUCUACAAGGGGAAAGAAAAGGUCAGGAGAACUUAAAGAAGGAUUUAGUAAGAAGAAUAAAGAUGUUAGAGUAUGCAUUAAAACAAGAAAGGGCAAAAUAUCACAAAUUAAAAUACGGCACAGAACUGAACCAAGGUGAUUUGAAAAUGCCAACCUUUGAAUCAGAAGAAACCAAAGACACAGAGGCUCCCACAGCACCCCAGAAUAGCCAGUUAACGUGGAAGCAAGGCAGACAGCUGUUAAGACAGUAUCUUCAGGAAGUAGGUUACACAGAUACGAUAUUAGAUGUACGGUCUCAGCGGGUAAGAUCAUUACUUGGACUAUCUAAUUCAGAACCAAAUGGAUCCGUAGAAACAAAGAAUUUAGAACAGAUCCUGAAUGGAGGUGAAUCUCCUAAGCAAAAAGGACAAGAAAUCAAAAGGCCCCCUGGUGAUGUUCUUGAGACAUUCAAUUUCUUAGAAAAUGCUGAUGACAGUGAUGAAGAAGAGGAAAAUGACAUGAUUGAAGGCAUCCCAGAAGGAAAAGACAAACAUCGCAUGAAUAAACACAAAAUAGGUAAUGAAGGUUUAGCUGCUGACCUAACUGAUGAUCCUGAUACUGAGGAAGCACUGAAAGAGUUUGAUUUUUUAGUGACUGCUGAAGAUGGUGAAGGAGCUGGAGAAGCACGGAGUUCAGGCGAUGGCACAGAAUGGGAUAAAGAUGACCUCUCCCCAACUGCUGAGGUUUGGGAUGUAGACCAGGGACUAAUAAGUAAACUGAAGGAACAGUACAAGAAGGAACGAAAGGGGAAGAAAGGGGUGAAGAGGGUCAACAGGACAAAACUCUACGACAUGAUAGCUGAUCUGGGAGAUGAUGAGCUGCCCCACAUCUCUUCAGGAAUCAUUAAUCAGUCUAGGUCAGCCUCUACUAGAAUGACUGAUCAUGAAGGUGCAAGAGCAGAGGAAGCUGAACCAAUAACGUUUCCAUCUGGAGGAGGCAAGUCAUUUAUUAUGGGUUCUGAUGAUGUUUUGUUAAGUGUACUGGGCCUUGGAGACCUUGCAGACUUGACGGUAACAAAUGAUGCAGACUAUAGUUAUGAUUUGCCUGCCAAUAAAGAUGCCUUUCGAAAGACAUGGAACCCCAAGUAUACGCUACGUAGCCAUUUUGAUGGAGUACGGGCAUUAGCUUUUCAUCCUGUAGAACCUGUGCUGGUUACUGCCUCUGAGGACCAUACCCUGAAACUUUGGAAUUUACAAAAAACAGUUCCUGCCAAAAAGAGUGCCUCUUUAGAUGUAGAGCCCAUCUACACAUUUAGGGCCCACAUUGGUCCUGUUCUGUCGUUAGCUAUUAGUUCUAAUGGAGAACAGUGUUUUAGUGGUGGUAUUGAUGCAACCAUCCAGUGGUGGAAUAUGCCUAGUCCUAAUGUGGAUCCAUAUGAUACAUAUGAGCCAAAUGUUCUAGCUGGCACUUUAGUUGCUCAUACAGAUGCAGUCUGGGGUCUUGCUUAUAGUGGCAUAAAAAAUCAAUUACUGUCUUGUUCAGCAGAUGGCACUGUUAGGUUAUGGAAUCCACAAGAAAAGUUGCCCUGUAUUUGCACUUAUAAUGGAGACAAAAAGCAUGGAAUACCUACAUCGGUUGACUUUAUAGGCUGUGAUCCAGCUCAUAUGGUGACCUCUUUCAACACUGGGAGUGCAGUAAUUUAUGAUUUAGAAACAUCACAGUCAUUGGUGAUGCUUUCAUCACAGAUAGAUUCUGGUUUACAAUCCAAUACUCACAUUAACAGAGUAGUAAGUCACCCCACGCUUCCUGUUACAGUAACUGCUCAUGAAGAUAGACACAUCAAAUUUUUUGAUAAUAAAACGGGUAAAAUGAUCCAUUCUAUGGUAGCUCAUUUGGAUGCUGUUACAAGUCUAGCAGUAGAUCCUAAUGGAAUUUAUUUGAUGUCUGGAAGCCAUGAUUGUUCCAUCAGAUUGUGGAAUUUAGACAGCAAGACAUGUGUGCAAGAAAUAACAGCUCAUAGGAAGAAAUUGGAUGAAUCAAUUUAUGAUGUUGCUUUCCAUCCAUCAAAAGCCUAUAUAGCCAGUGCAGGAGCUGAUGCCCUUGCCAAAGUAUUUGUGUGAAUCAACAAAAACUUGCAUCAUAACAAAAGGUUUUCUUGGACAGAAAGAGGGUCUGCAUCACUGCCAUCAAAAAGGUUACUGAUAUGACACUACAUGUGAUCUGCCUGGUGAAGGCUAUUUGGGGCAGGCAUAAAUUGGUGGAAAUCACAUCUUAAUGUCAGGCUCAUUAAUUUAACUGUAAUUACUGUAUUUUGUGGGACAAAAAAAAAAGGACUCCAGUAUUUGUGGCCUGUACUGGAUAUGAACUGAGCGUAUGUCUGUUUUUUAGGUGUCUUUAAGCCAAUGUGGAGUCUGAUCUUACAAGAAGACUUUUUUUUUGGACUCUGUGUGCUGCCUUAGGGUUAGGAAUGUGGUGCUCUUGUUGGGGGAAGUGAGCUCCAAGAGUAGCUUUUUUUCAUCUCUUAGUGAUCUUGUGUUUAUCAGUUGAAUGACACAGAUUCCCUUUUAAACUUAUUUUGCUUUAAAAAAAAAAAAGAAAAUUUAACUUAAAAUAUUUUAGCAUUAGUUGCACAAAAUGUUUGGAUAAAAUUCUAGUUUUUAUAAGUCUUUUUAUAUAUUUAGCCUGUCACAACAGUGCUCAAGAUUGUAUUGAAGUUUUUCUGCAUUAUACAACCCUAAAACACAGAGAUCUCACUGACCCACUGCCCUGUAACCUCUUUCUUUCCUCCUUUUGCCUAAUACAGCUCAGCUAAGUCCUUUCAUAAAGAUGCUAAAUAACCUUCAUCAUCACAUAAAUGUCUUCAUAAACCAAGGACUAUUAAGUGUAUUAAAAUGAAACAGUGGGGUUUAGUACUCCAAAUGAACUCUUAAAAAAAACUAAUCUUGACAUCCUAUCACUAUGUGAUAUUUUGUACAUCUUACUGUAUUUACAAGUUUAUUUAUCAAGGAUUAUCCAUCUUGCUAAUGGCCUAUUAUUUAUUUCACUUUUUGUUGGUCUUUAUAUCCUUUUAUUAAUGUGCUAAAGGAACCUGUAUAUCUAUUUUGGAACUCUUUGAAUAGUCUAAAAUAGACUAAAAAUGGAAUAUUUUAUAGUUUAAGUUACAAACCAAGGUGGUUCCCCCCAAGAUACAUAUCUUGGUUUACCAUGAUUCCAAACAAAACUAACUUGUUUAAAAUAUUUGGAGUAAAAUUUUAUUUGCAUUACAAAUAGGAUACAAAAAUAGUUGAAUCAGGAUACAGAAAUCUGCUGUGUUGGACUAGUUAUCCCUGUUUUAUUUUUUUAGAUGUGCUUAAUUUUAUGGUGUAACUGAAGAUUUUGUUUGUGUAAUGCAUGAUUAAGACAAUAAAGUAUUUUUUCUAGUCUUCCAAAAAAUUUUUCUGAUCAGUUUGCGAGUUUUGAUGAGUUUUGUAAGGUUUUUGUUUUACAAACUAUGAAUCAGCAAAUUUUUAAGAUUGUACCACAUAGCAAACGUACAGCUGUUGAAAAAUAAUGUAUAUAAAAUGCAUAUAAUAAAUAUUAAAUUGUGUACCUGUAUGCUACUGUUGGCUACAUCAUUUUGUGUUGAAUAAUAAAGUGCAAUACUUUAUUCUCCACAAUUAAACUAGGAAAUGGAGAU